AUAGCAUCACAUAAAACUCUGCGUUUCAACUCCACGCACUUGCCCCAAUGCUUUCCUAGAGGCUUUUCUCUGGUGAUGGCGGCGACGACGGCGAUGAGCGGCGAGUCCAAGAAGCUUCCUCGGCCUGGUCGGGGCGGUUUUCAGGGCCAUGGCUUGACGGAGGAAGAAGCACGAGUUUGCGCCAUAUCGGAGAUCGUCUGCUCCAUGGUCGAGCUCUCUCACCGCAACGAGAAUGUGGACCUCAAUGCCCUGAAAUCUGCCGCUUGUCGUAAGUACGGCCUCGCUCGGGCUCCGAAGCUCGUCGAGAUGAUCGCGGCAUUGCCAGACUCCGACAGGGAGGCACUGCUCCCGAAGAUCCGAGCGAAGCCGGUCCGAACGGCUUCGGGAAUAGCCGUCGUGGCGGUCAUGUCGAAGCCUCAUAGGUGUCCGCACAUUGCAACCACGGGGAACAUCUGUGUGUAUUGUCCCGGUGGUCCGGAUUCGGAUUUUGAGUAUAGCACGCAGUCUUACACGGGUUAUGAGCCGACGAGCAUGCGAGCUAUCCGAGCCAGGUACAAUCCGUAUGUCCAGGCAAGAAGCAGGAUAGAUCAGCUGAAGCGGUUGGGUCAUAGUGUGGAUAAGGUCGAGUUCAUCUUGAUGGGAGGUACUUUCAUGUCACUGCCUGCAGACUACAGAGAUUACUUCAUAAGGAAUCUUCAUGAUGCUUUGUCAGGACAUACUUCUGCGAAUGUUGAAGAAGCAGUUGCUUAUUCAGAACAUAGCGCGGUUAAGUGCAUUGGCAUGACAAUCGAAACGAGGCCAGAUUACUGUCUUGGACCUCAUCUACGACAAAUGCUGUCUUAUGGUUGCACACGGCUCGAGAUCGGUGUCCAGAGCACAUAUGAAGAUGUUGCUCGCGACACAAAUAGGGGACACACAGUUGCUGCAGUAGCUGACUGCUUUUGCCUCGCUAAAGAUGCUGGUUUCAAGGUGGUUGCACACAUGAUGCCAGAUCUUCCUAAUGUCGGGGUUGAGAGAGACAUGGAAAGUUUCAAGGAGUUUUUUGAGAGCCCAUCCUUUAGAGCCGAUGGGUUAAAAAUAUAUCCCACCCUUGUGAUACGUGGAACUGGGCUUUAUGAACUCUGGAAAACUGGCAGGUAUAGAAAUUAUCCACCAGAGCAACUGGUGGAUAUAGUAGCGAGGAUUCUUUCCAUGGUACCUCCGUGGACACGUGUUUAUAGAGUUCAGCGUGAUAUUCCUAUGCCUUUGGUUACUUCAGGGGUUGAAAAAGGAAAUCUUCGUGAGUUGGCUUUGGCUAGAAUGGAUGACUUGGGUCUGAAAUGCCGUGAUGUUCGUACGCGUGAAGCUGGAAUUCAGGACAUUCACCACAAAAUCAAGCCAGAAGAAGUAGAGCUUGUACGUCGUGAUUACACUGCCAACGAAGGUUGGGAGACGUUCCUUUCGUAUGAAGACACACACCAGGACAUUCUUGUCGGGUUAUUACGUUUGAGGAAGUGUGGGAGGAACGUUACUUGUCCAGAACUCAUGGGGAAAUGCUCCAUUGUCCGUGAACUUCACGUGUACGGAACAGCUGUUCCUGUUCAUGGUAGAGAGGCGGAUAAGUUGCAACACCAGGGAUACGGAACGCUUCUGAUGGAAGAAGCGGAGAGGAUAGCGAGGAGGGAACACAGCUCGAACAAAGUCGCAGUGAUUUCGGGGGUUGGAACCCGCCAUUACUACAGAAAGUUAGGUUAUGAACUUGAAGGGCCUUACAUGGUGAAGCUUCUUGUCUGAAAGUGAAACCCUACUCUGUGUCUCUCUCUCUGCCUCAGAAAACUAUUUUGUAAGAUGUGUUAAAUUAGUGUGGAGGAAAAGAUACGACGAUGACAUGACUUUGGCCUUCCUCAGUUUUUUUUCAGCAACAUGAAAUUUAUUUUUUUAAACGUUGAGUAUAUAGCAACGACGUGCUUAAGUAUUGUCAGA